AUUUGUGGGAACACUGCGGAUUAGUCCGUUCCUCAGUUCCUCCUUCCUCUCUCAAUAUCCUUCCCCGUCUUUGCGCUCUAAAACUCACCGAGUCCAACGUGUCUGACUCGCCUCGAAGCACGGGAAAAAAUGGAACGGAUCAGAUCGCAGAGGCGGGUCCAAAUCGACGAAUCCCAGCUCCCAAAAUAUCAGGAUGACGGCGAGGAAGAAGAGAAAACUGGAAUGCGAUUAAGAUCGUCUGAUAGCAGUAGGACGGAAAAUCAAGAGCCGUUCAUGGGCGUCAAGGUCCGCAGAAAAGCUUCUCUUCACAGGGACUACAGGGGCGACUACAUCGAUGUCGCCUCUCAUCCCUACUUGAUCAAACUUUUGCAGAAACAAGGUGACAAGCAAGUUAUGUUUGCCGAUAAAGUUUUGAAGUUCACUAGUUCUGGGAAGAUGAAACGACGUAUCUUAUUAGUUACCGACUUUGCCAUUUAUGUUCUUGACCCGGAGACUGAUGCACUUAAACGAAGGAUUGCCCUGGCAGCCGUAGAUAAGAUGUGUUUAAGUGAGCUAAGUGAUAAUUUCUUUGCAAUAAUCAUUCCCACGGAGUACGAUUUACUCAUGGCCAGUACUCGGAAGACUGAAAUUGUUACUGUGUUAAUUGAAGCUACUAAGAGUGCGUCUGACUAUGAACUGGAGGUGGUCUUCUCGAAUAGGUUUGAGUAUCAUGCAGCUGCCGAAUUGGUGAAGGAAGUACAAUUUGAGGAAGUUGAAGGGGGUGUAAAAACAAGUAUUGUGAGAAAGUGAGUUGUGCUUACACUCUUCGGCCAUCAAAUGUCUGCAGGGGAUUGGCACUAUUGUAAAGAUGAACGUUUCUUUAGACAUGUCAUGUCGAGGUUGUGCUGAGCAUCAAGUCCCCCGUUGAGAAAUAUAUAUCAUGCUUCUGAAUUCAAAUAUCUUGUGUGUAGCGUAUAC